CGAGGCAUUGGAAUUAAUGGGGUUUGUCCUGACAGUACCAGAAAGAAGCAUGCAGCCCAUUUGGGCUCAGUCACCGACACCUGCUCAGGGCUGCAGCAAAGCUCCCUUCCACCCCAACCCAUUCCACCGGGAGGCGGUGGGGCUCCCGUUCCCAUUCCCUCGUUCUCCCUCCUUGCAGCCACCUCCAUCCUGAAGAGGCAGAAGCAGCUGCGCAGGAAGAAUGUGCGCUUCGACCAGGUGACGGUGUAUUACUUCGCCCGGCGCCAGGGCUUCACCAGCGUGCCCAGCCAGGGUGGCAGCUCGCUUGGCAUGGCCCCGCGGCACAACUCGGUGCGCAGCUACACGCUGUGCGAGUUUGCACAGGAGCAGGAGGUGAACCACCGUGAGAUCCUGCGUGAGCACCUCAAGGAGGAGAAGCUGCACGCCAAGAAGAUGAAGCUCACCAAGAACGGCACGGUGGAGUCGGAGGAGGCGGAGGGGCUGACGCUGGAGGACAUCUCAGACGACGACAUCGAUGUGGAGAACGUGGAGGUGGACGACUACUUCUUCCUGCAGCCCCUGCCCACCAAGCAGCGGCGGGCGCUGCUCCGCGCCUCCGGCGUGCACCGCAUCGACGCCGAGGAGAAGCAGGAGCUGCGCGCCAUCCGCCUGUCGCGGGAGGAGUGCGGCUGUGACUGCCGCCUGUACUGCGACCCCGAGGCCUGCGCCUGCAGCCAGGCGGGCAUCAAGUGCCAGGUGGACCGCAUGUCCUUCCCCUGCGGCUGCUCGCGGGACGGCUGCGGGAACAUGGCCGGCCGCAUCGAGUUCAACCCCAUCCGCGUGCGGACUCACUACCUCCACACCAUCAUGAAGCUGGAGCUGGAGAACAAGCGGCAAGGCGCGCGGCCCGGCGACGAGGAGCUGCAGGGCUCCGGCAGCUCGUGGCCCCCCGGCACGCAGCCCCCCGAGACGCAGGACUUCCAGGAGUUCAUGGCCGAGAACGAGACGGCCGUCAUGCACCUGCAGACCGCCGAGGAGCUGGAGAGGCUGAAGGCUGAGGAAGACUCCAGCGGCGGCUCCGGCGUGGAGAGCGUCGGCGUCUGCAUCCUGGAGGAGCCGCUGGCCGUGCCGGAGGCGCUGUGCCCCGGCUUGGCGGCCCCCAUCCUCAUCCAAGCGCAGCUGCCGCCGGGAUCCUCCGUGCUCUGCUUCGCCGACGGCGCCGAGCAGCCCGCAGCCGCGCAGCCCUUCCUGAACGCCGCUCCGCUGCUGUACUACCAGGUGGAGCCGCGCUCCGUGCUGGGCCCCAAGGGCGAGAAUGGCGCUGGCGAGUGUCCGAAGGACUCCGGGACCCCCGCGGUGCCGUGCAGCCGAGCU